GGGAGAAAGUUUUAGAGAGAGAGAGAGAGAGGGGGAAUGGGGAGAGAGAAAAAGGAGCCCCUAAAACCGCGAGCUGGACUUUUCCAAUAAAGAAAUGGCCGACGAAACCUCAGUUGAGCAAAAUCCGGAGCGUCAUUCAGUCUGAUUACUUUCUCUCUCCUCAAAUGGAUAAACAUCUCUCUCUUUACUGCAUCUGUGUAGAUACCCUCCCUCCCUCUCUCUCCUGUCUCUACCUAAACUGGAUUAAACCAGAGCUCUCUCUCUCUAGUCUUUUGGGGUGCUAUUUCCCAUGGCCUUCCUCUUUCGCUCAUGGCGAUCGUUUCAGAGGCUCUAUAACCUGCGCUCUUCCUUACGUUCUAGCACGAGAAGAAACCUAAGUGGGGUGAGCUCAAAGACAGAAGACGUAAGCGGAUACCACCUUAGGGAUGUCCCUUCAUUCAUGCGCGCUGUUGUCUUUUGGGAGCCAAAGAAACCACUUUCAAUCGAAGAAUUCCACUUGCCUCGUCCUAAGGCGGGCGAGGUCCUCAUCAAAACCAAGGCCUGUGGAGUGUGUCACUCUGACCUCCAUGUCAUGAAUGGAGAUCUUCCUUUUGCAAGUCCAUGUGUUGUUGGCCAUGAAAUAACUGGAGAGGUAGUAGACCACGGAGCACACACUGACGUUGCAGUUGUGAAGAGGUUUCCUGUCGGAAGUCGGGUCGUGGGUGCAUUUAUAAUGCCUUGUGGUAAUUGUGGUUUUUGUGUGAAGGGUCAAGAAGAUCUGUGUGAGGCCUUCUUUGCUUACAACAGGGCAAAAGGAACCCUUUAUGAUGGUGAAACUCGGCUUUUUCUUCGUAGUAAUGGAAAGCCAGUGUAUAUGUACAGCAUGGGAGGGCUUGCAGAAUACUGCGUGGUACCAGCCAAUGCGCUAGCAACUCUUCCCAAUUCAUUACCAUAUACUGAAUCAGCUAUUUUAGGAUGUGCUGUAUUUACUGCCUAUGGUGCUAUGAAGCAUGCUGCAGAUGUCCGUGCUGGAGAUGCUAUUGCUGUCAUUGGGAUUGGCGGAAUUGGAUCAAGUUGUUUGCAGAUAGCACGGGCUUUUGGAGCUAGUGAGAUUAUUGCUGUGGAUGUUCAAGAUGACAAGCUUGAAAAUGCAAAGAAGCUGGGAGCAACUCACACCAUAAAUGCUAUGAAGGAAGAUGUUGUUGACAAAAUUAAGGAAAUAACUGGAGGAAUGGGGGUGGAUAUCGCUGUGGAAGCAUUGGGAAAACCAAAGACAUUCUUGCAAACAACUCAAAGUGUAAAGGAUGGAGGUAAAGCCGUGAUGAUAGGACUUGCACCAUCGGGAGCUGUUGGAGAAGUGGAUAUAACUCGUCUAGUUCGCCGCCAGAUAAAAAUCAUCGGGUCUUAUGGUGCUAGGGCGAGACAAGACCUCCCUAAGUUGGUGAAGCUUGCAGAGACUGGGAUAUUCAGUCUUGAAGAUGCCAUCUCAAGGAAAUGCAAAUUCGAUGAGGCCGCAGCAGCUUAUGACGAUCUCAACAAUGGCAAGAUAGUAGGGAGAGCUGUGGUUGAGAUCAUGUAGCUCUCUCUCUCUCUCUCUGGUCUUAGGUUGCUGAGUCUUAAAUUAUAGCUCCACCAAGCAUGAGGCUUAGAGCAUAUUUGAGGCAUCAAGAGCACCUUUGAUAUAUGCUAUGUUAAGAUAGUUCACCAUAUAUGCAACAAGGGAUUGUAUACAAUAAGACCAUUUAUCUUUGUUAUAACGAGGUCACAAUUAUUCCUAA